GCGCUGGUGGGGCUCCCAGUCCACGGGAGCCGGCUCCUCUGCGCGGCCCCAGCUCGAGUUAAUAAACAGUUAAGUUUGGAAGACUCAGCAGACACGUUGAGGGGGAGUUACCCAGCCCAGGCAGCAAAAACAUCCCGGCGCAUUCCUGGGGAGUCCUCAGCUGCCAGCAUCUGAUUAGAACCAUAUCUCGCCGGGAGUGGCCCGCGGCUCCGAGGCUCCCGGGCCGGCGGCUAUUUAAGCGCGGCCGCCGUGUCGGCUGCGCGGUAGCCAGGAGGCUCAGGCACCACCGGGAAGUCAUGCUCGCAUCGCGGAGGCGCUAGCUAGCCUGUGUCUGCAGCAGGUUAUGUUUGUUUGAGACGUCUCCAUCGGGGAUCGCUGGGUGUCACUAAGUGUCUGCUGGUGCUGGAGUUGGCUGUCUGCCUUCUUGCCAUGUCUAACGAAGCAGAAACGAGUGCAACUAAUGGUCAGCCUGACCAACAGGCCGCACCAAAGGCACCAUCAAAGAAGGAAAAGAAGAAAGGCACUGAAAAGACAGAUGAAUAUCUUUUGGCCAGAUUCAAAGGUGAUGGUGUGAAAUACAAGGCCAAGCUAAUCGGCAUUGAUGAUGUGCCCGAUGCAAGAGGGGAUAAAAUGAGCCAAGAUUCUAUGAUGAAACUAAAGGGAAUGGCAGCAGCCGCUCGGUCUCAGGGACAACACAAACAAAGGAUCUGGGUCAACAUUUCUCUUUCUGGAAUAAAAAUCAUUGAUGAGAAAACUGGGGUAAUAGAGCAUGAACAUCCAGUAAAUAAGAUUUCUUUCAUUGCCCGUGAUGUGACAGACAACCGAGCAUUUGGUUAUGUGUGUGGAGGAGAAGGCCAACACCAGUUUUUUGCCAUAAAAACAGGGCAACAGGCUGAGCCACUAGUUGUUGAUCUUAAAGACCUUUUCCAAGUUAUCUAUAAUGUAAAGAAAAAAGAAGAAGAAAAGAAAAAGAUGGAAGAAGCCAACAAAGCAGUAGAGAAUGGGAGUGAGGCCCUAAUGAAUCUUGAUGACCAAGCUUGCAAACUGAAAUUGGGUGUUGACCAGAUGGAUUUGUUUGGGGACAUGUCUACACCUCCUGACCUAAAUAGUCCAACAGAAAGCAAAGAUAUCCUGUUAGUGGAUCUAAACUCUGAAAUCGACACCAAUCAGAAUUCUUUACGAGAAAAUCUAUUCUUAACAAAUGGCAUCACCUCCUGCUCUCUUCCUCGACCAAAGCCUCAGGCAUCUUUCUUGCCUGAAAAUGCCUUUUCUGCCAAUCUCAACUUCUUUCCCAUCCCUAAUCCUGAUCCUUUCCGUGACGAUCCUUUUGCACAGCCAGACCAAUCGACACCCUCUUCGUCUGAUUCUCUCAAAUCUCCAGAUCAGAAGAAAGAGAAUUUGAGUAGCUCAUCUACCCCUCUGAGUAAUGGGCCCCUGAAUGGGGAUGUUGAUUACUUUGGUCAGCAAUUUGACCAAAUCUCUAACCGGACUGGCAAACAGGAAGCUCAGGCAGGCCUGUGGCCCUUAUCAAGUACGCAAACACAGCCAGCAGUGAGAACUCACAAUGGGGUAUCUGAAAGAGAACAGAACGGCUUCCAUAUCAAAUCCUCCCCGAACCCUUUCGUGGGAAGCCCUCCCAAAGGACUGCCCGUACCGAAUGGCGUAAAGCAGGACUUGGAAAGCUCUGUCCAGUCCUCACCACAUGACUCCAUAGCCAUUAUCCCACCUCCACAAAGUACCAAACCAGGAAGAGGCAGAAGGACGGCUAAGUCUCCAGCAAAAGACUUACUUGCAUCAGACAUCUUUGCUCCUCCCGUCUCAGAACCUCCAGGCCAGACAUCUACAGGACAACCUCCAACUCUACAGACCAACCCCCUGGACCUCUUCAAAGCAAGUGCUCCUGCCCCAGUAGGGCCCCUUGGGGGUCCAGGUGGUGUGCCAGUUAUAUCUGCUCAGACAGGACCAUGGAACCCAGCACCCUUAGUCUUCAGUCAAUCCACUACAAUGGUCCCGGGCGCUGUGAUGGCUGGUCAGCCUUCAGGAUUCAGUCAGCCAAUCGUCUUUACCACAAGCCCAGCUGUCCCAGGUUGGAACCAGCCUUCAUCCUUUGCAGCCUCAGCUUCACCUCCAGCCCCUGUAGUGUGGGGCCCGUCAGCACCUGUGACACCCAAUACUUGGUCAUCAACCAGCCCGCUGGGGAAUCCUUUUCAGAGCAAUGUUUUUCCAGCUCCUGCUGUGUCAGCCCAGCCCCCUUCUAUGCUCUCCUCUCUCCUGGUCACUCCUCCUCAGCCACCUCCCAGAACUGGCCCUCCGAAGGACGUCUCCAGCGAUGCCUUUGUUGCCUUGGACCCACUUGGGGACAAAGAAGUCAAGGAAGUGAAAGAAAUGUUUAAGGACUUCCAACUGCGGCAGCCACCUACUGUGCCAGCAAGGAAAGGAGAACAGAAUUCCUCUGGGACUUCAAGUGCCUUCUCCAACUAUUUCAACAACAAAGUUGGCAUUCCUCAGGAGAAUGCAGACCAUGAUGACUUUGACGCUAAUCAACUGUUGAGAAAGAUCAAUGAACUACCAAAGCCAGCUCCCAGACAAGGUGCCCUGCCAGUUUCCAAAUCUGCUGACAAUGCAUUUGAGAACCCCUUCUCUAAAGAUUCUUUCCGUUCAUCACCAGCCUCUAUGGCUUCUCCUCAAUCCUCGUCUUCUGAUGUAUACAGGGAUCCAUUUGGAAAUCCCUUCGCCUAACUUCUGAACUUGGCAUGCUGACUAUCCAGAGGAACAAAAAGGUUGGCCUUAGUAGUCAAGGACAAAGCUAAUAAGCAGACAAGUCCUGACCUCUGCCCUGUUCUAGCUUUGACAUAGUAUCUGUUGCCUUAUUUCUUGCUGCCUCUUCCACUUGUAGAAUGCCUUCCACUUUCUGUUUAGCUAAACUGAAUCUAUGGCUUUAAAUAAAUUAAGAACCUAAACUCUCUAGCUUAAAUGUAAAUGAAGUAGUUUCCCUCCUUGAACCCUUGUUUAUUGUGUCCCUAGAACCUUCUAGAACACUGUGCUGUGUACCCUCUGGCUGGGCGAUGCAGCCACGACAACCCCUCAGAUCAUACUGUUUUGAAUAAAUUUUAAAAUCCUUACUGUUCAGAGUGUUUCGGGGUUCUGUUUCAGAACAUAAAACCUAAAGAUUGUGGUAGAACAAGGCACCUUCUUAAACCUUGCUUCAGACCGUCACUUACAGAGCAUUUUUAAAGUAAAAUGGAAGCAAGUUCAGUUUCUCUCUGGGGACUUUGAACACACCUAAGAACGUUUUUAAAGAUAUAACUUCUCUUUCUGAACAUUAUUCUUCUCACGAGGGCAAGAUUGUCCUUUCUCCAAUCUCUUGCUAGCUAUUGCAAAUGAGGGAAAAUCAUUUUUCAUCUCUCCUCUUCUUUUCCCUCUGAUUCUCUUUUCAGUCAUUUUUACUCCUGGGUUUAUAUAACAUGACCGCUCUUUCACAAAUAACAGAGUUUUAUGGCAAAAAAAUCUAAUGAUUCACAGAUCUGAAGCCUCUCUGCCUUCUCAGUAAUCUCUGAUCCCAGUAACUAGAAUUGCAAAUGGGCACAAUCUUUAUCCUUUCUAUGGAAUAGGAGGCCAUCCUCCUGAGCUGAAGCUCCAGAAGAGCAGUUCAUGUUGAAGAAAAACUGAACUCAACUCAGCAAAGAAGGACCGUAUUCUGAAGAGAAACACAUCACAACUUUACAUGUGAUAGUGCCAAACAUAUUAGGUGCUUAUUGGGGGUAAUGCCAGGCCUUUAUCAAGUAACUGGAAAGCUUUCUUGAUGCCACACAGUCUUACAGUUAGUAGGAUGAUAAAUGGGGGAAAAAACCUGCAGUGUUAUCAUUAAAAAUCUAACGCCUGCAAUAUUUUUCUCCUCAUAACCUUGGAAACUUUUCCAGUUCAUUUUCAGUCCUAUUGUCAGCACAGUCCAAAGGGUUUGUUCUUGCCAUAUGAGUUUUGUUUUGUUUAUGUUGGGUUUUUUAAUGUUGUCUCUUGACCCCUAGUGCUCAGGUUCUUGUGGGUGUUAAUCAACCACAUACAAUGUUAUCUUUAGGUGGAAGAAGAGGAUGACUGCUCAGGAUCUAAACAAGAUGGUGGCCUCAUGAACCUCUACUGAUUAGCUCCAAGUAGUCCGAGCUAAAGUCCUGUGGUUUUACGUUGAAUGAUAAUAGCUGAUCACGUAUGGCAUCAUUUUCCAUCUGACUUCCCACUCAGUCAUUAUCAACACAGACUUGAAAUAGUAUUUUAUAUGUCCAAAUACCUAAAUGUGCUAACUGGAGGCUAUUAUUUCUAGGGAAUUGAAUUUUUGAAAGUAGAAAAAUUUUGAAAGUAAUGACCAGCCACACAAUUGUUUUGUACAUACUUAUUUUCUUGUGCACUUUUCUGUAUGCAAAGAAAGCUAUAAAUUUACUCAUUUCAAUAAACUGGAAUGGCAGAA